GCAGCUCACGAACGGCGUCGGGACGUACCAGUGGAUGGCGCCCGAGGUCAUUUGCGGCACGGACUACUCGGUGGCGGCCGACAUUUACUCGUUUGGGGUCCUCCUCUCGGAGUUCUCGACGCACAAGGUGCCGUACGCAGACGUGCUGCACCCGACGCACGGCCGACCCGUGACGCAGCAGUACGUGAUGACGCAGGUGACGCAGGGAUUGCUGCAGCCGACGUUUGCGGCCGUGGGCGUGCCGUCGUGGGUGCGCGAGAUCGCGCUGCAGUGUCUGCAGACCGACCCAACACUGCGACCAACCGCAGCGCAGCUGACG